CUACAGAGGCUAAUAUAGCUAUUGCUUUCCAAAUGAGAAACGCUAAGAAUUUUCCUCUUGUUUUUGUCCUUUUGGCUUUGGCCUCUACAUUGGCCUCAGCUUAUGACCCUAGUCCUCUUCAGGACUUCUGUGUAGGGAUCAAUAACAUCACAGAUGGUGUGUUUGUGAAUGGAAAGUUCUGUAAGAAUCCUAAGUUUGUCAAAGCAGAUGACUUCUUCUUUUCUGGACUAAACAAAGCGGGUAACACAUCAAAUGCGGUAGGAUUUGCUGUCACCCCAGUAUUUGAGGACCAGCUUCCAGGACUUAACACUCUUGGCAUAUCAAUAGUCCGUCUUGACUAUGCACCAAAAGGUGGUUUAAAUCCGCCUCACACUCAUCCUCGUGGAACUGAGGUCCUAACAGUGCUUGAAGGCACACUCUUGGUAGGUUUUGUCUCAUCCGACCAGGAUGGUAACCGUCUCUUCAUCAAAGUCUUAUACAAGGGAGAUGUUUUCGUUUUCCCGAUUGGUCUGAUUCAUUUCCAGCUCAACAUUGGGGACACUCCAGCUGUUGCCAUAGCCGGUCUGAGCAGCCAAAAUCCAGGAGUCAUCACCAUUGCAAAUUCACUCUUUGGCUCAAAGCCGGACAUCAGUCCUGAUGUUCUGACAAAGGCAUUCAUGUUGGACAAGAAGGUGAUUCAGUACCUUCAAUCCAAGUUCUAAUGUGACUGAGGAGUGCUCGGACGAAAUUGCACAUCAAAUGAACUAGAUUCCUUUGUCUUUGAAAUAAGAUUGUCAUUUAUCUCUUCCUUGUAAUUGUAUCAUUGCAUAUGCAGCUCUCCACGUUUGUGUGUUGUUCUUUAUGAGAAAAAAAGGUAAAAUAUUGU